CAAAUUCAUUUGACGUAUUUGUACAUAACCCAGGUCCAUGACAUAACCCCAGUGUCCACCACGUGCCCCGUCCUUUUCUUUUACAGUAGUAGGCAGGCGGUUCGGAUUCGAUUUUUAUGUGAACGUUGAUAACAUGUAUAUAGGUACGCGUUACGGCAACGUAUCGUGGAUAAUAAGAAAGUUAAAUUGUUUAUGGAAAGUACAUCAGUAGAUUAGGGGCAGGAUCAUUUAUGGAGCUUAAGCAUUUUGUUGCAAGUUGGAAGAAAAAGUAAGAAAUUUGGUAGAAAUGGCGAAAAUAUUAAACUUUUUUCGGACCGUACGAAAUCAUUGGAAGAAAUCUAUGGUAGGCGUCGCGGCCUUAUCGUACGGAGGUUUACACACCAAGGAAAUAUACGAUACCGACCGACUGAUGAGAGAAUAUUGCGAGAGCGUAUCUCGCGUUGGUGAUGCUCCUCUCCGAACGACUGUAAAACCUCGUCACGUAACGAUUAUUUUGAAUCCAGUCGCGAAAAAAGGGAAAGCCAAGAAAUACUUCGAAAAUUAUUGCGAACCACUUCUGCACUUGGCUGGAAUCGCUUUAACGAUAAUACAAACUGAAUCGCAGAACGAUGCUAGAAGAAUUAUAAUGAAUUUGAACACACCUACCGACGCGAUAAUAGUUGCAGGAGGUGACGGUACUUUAUCCGAUGUUUUAACCGGAUUAGUGAGAAAGUACGAUUAUAACUUGAGCUCGGUUAAACAGUGCCCCAUUGGUAUUUUACCGUUGGGGCAAACAAACAAAAUAGCCAAAUCGUUGUAUCAAGAGUACGACGACCUAUCGGAUGUGAAGCAAAUGAUUGAAGCGACGAUGGCAAUCAUAAAUGAACGAUCGAAAAUGAUGGACAUGAUUCAAGUUAAACCGAUCGAGGAGGAGAAUCUCGAGGAACCGAUAAAGCCGAUUUACGCGAUGGGAGCGGUCGAGUGGGGCGCAUGGAAAGAUGCGAAUUCGACGGCUAACAAGUACUGGUACUGGGGGCCGUUAAAAAAAUACGCGACUUACAUAUUCAAUGGUUUCAACAUUGAUUUAAACGAAUAUUGCGACGCAGUUUUGAGGUAUACGCUUCCUUGCGAUGGUUGUUCUCGUUGUAAUCUGAAAACUUCGCAAAGUGGAUAUUUCAAUACGAAUGCGAGGUGGUGGCAAGUGUUUGUGCCGAAGAGAAAUGUGGUCGGUACAGAAAACGUCGAUUACAGCAAAAUCAUAAACGAGGACUGCGACGUUGUUCAUGAAUUAGCUGUAUCAACCAACGAAUUGCACAUAGAAACCUGGAACGUGGGCAAAUUACAAGAUGCAUCGUUGUUGCAAUCGUGUUUGAGAGUGAAAAUGGGUCCAAAGAAUAUCAGCUAUUUCUCGUUUGUGUCCGAAGGCUGGAAAAAUGAACGACGUGACAAUGACGACGAGUCGUUGUGCAAGCAAGUGACUGAAGCAAAAAUCAUCGAAUUGAAUCCGAGAAAGAUUGACAGAGAUUACACGUUGUACAUUGACAACGAGGAAUACGAAUUGAAACCUGUUGAAAUUAAAUUGCUUCCGCGAGCGGUAAAAGUAUUUUGCUCCCGAACAAACGACUGAUUGUUACGCAUCUACACGUGCGUAUGAUGUAAAUAAAAUUUUACAAUCGAA